AUGGGCAAAACGGAAUUGAAGCGUAAAAAGGCUCAGUCCGAAGCGAAACCUGCAGAGGAAGUACAAAAGGAUACUGCCGUAGUGGAACAGGAUGGAAAUGCUACGGAAUCAGCCCCCGAGAAAAAAAAGGUGAAAAAAGAGAAAACCGCCAAAGAGGAAGAGAAGAGUGAAGGAGAGGAUGCUUCGGUAGAAGCAAACUUCAAGGAGUUUGAGAACCAAGAAAAUGAAGAAGAGGGAGAAGAAGAAGUCCGUGGAACAGCGGAUUUGACUGAAGGUAUCCAGGGAGAGGUUGAAAACUUUUCACAACUCAAUCUUUCGGAGAACACGCAAAGAGCAAUUCAAGAUAUGGCUUUCGAAAAAAUGACGGAAGUACAAGCUCGUACGAUCCCUCCUUUGCUUGCUGGUCGUGAUGUCUUGGGUGCCGCUAAAACCGGUAGUGGUAAAACACUUGCUUUCUUGAUUCCAGCUAUUGAAAUGCUAUAUGCUUUAAAAUUUAAGCCGCGUAAUGGUACAGGUGUCAUUAUUGUGUCUCCAACCCGUGAAUUAGCCCUUCAAAUUUUUGGUGUUGCCAAGGAAGUCUUGAAAUACCAUCAUCAGACUUAUGGUAUUGUCAUUGGUGGUGCGAAUCGCCGUGCUGAAGCUGAGAAGCUUGUGAAGGGUGUCAACCUAUUAGUGGCCACUCCCGGUCGAUUGCUGGAUCAUUUGCAAAACACCAAGGGAUUCGUUUAUCGUAACCUUCGUUCGCUUGUCAUUGACGAAGCCGAUCGUAUCUUAGAAAUUGGUUUCGAAGACGAAAUGCGUCAAAUCGUCAAAGUGCUUCCUUCUGAGGACCGUCAAACGUCGCUGUUUUCUGCCACACAAACUACAAAAGUAGAGGACUUGGCUAGAAUCUCUUUGAGACCUGGACCUUUGUACAUCAACGUUGAUUCCUCGAAAGACACUUCAACGGUAGAAGGUUUGGAGCAGGGUUACGUAGUCGUAGAUUCUGACAAACGAUUCCUUCUCUUGUUUUCUUUCUUGAAAAGAAACUUGAAGAAAAAGGUUAUCGUUUUCAUGUCCUCUUGUGCGUCUGUGAAGUACCUGGCCGAACUUCUGAACUACAUCGACUUGCCUGUGCUAGAUCUUCACGAUGUUGCUGCUCGUGGUUUAGAUAUUCCUGCAGUGGACUGGAUUGUUCAAUAUGAUCCACCAGAUGAUCCUCGUGAUUACAUCCACCGUGUCGGUCGUACGGCUAGAGGUAAUCAGAAGAGGGGUAAGUGUCUAAUGUUCCUUACUCCUUCCGAACUUGGCUUCUUGCGCUAUUUGAAGAAUGCCAAGGUUCCUCUGAAUGAAUACGAGUUCCCUGCUAACAAAAUUGCCAACGUACAAUCUCAGUUGGAAAAGCUUGUUUCCAAGAACUACUACCUGCAGCAAUCUGCUAAAGAUGGAUACCGUGCAUACCUUCAAGCAUAUGCCUCUUAUUCUCUAAAAUCGAUUUUUGACAUUAAUAAACUAGACUUAGCAAAGGUAGCCAAAUCCUUUGGUUUUGCUCAUCCUCCUAAUGUUAAUAUCACCAUCGGUGCCAGUGGACGCACUGAUAAGAAAGAACGCCGCGGAGGCUACAAAAACAAAGGAAAUGUUUAUUCAAAACAGCGGUCUUCUACUAUGUCUCAAGAUGCAGGUCGGAACUGGAGUCGUUAA